AUGAGCCGUAGAAGAGUACACGACGAAGAUGACGGCUACGAUCGAGUAUAUAAGAAACGUAGGAGAGUAUCAGAAAAUCAAGAGAUUGAAGAUCGUCUUGAAUCUCUUAUCCUUCGUGUCGGAGAGAAGUCAACAUCAUCUUUAGAAAGCAACUUAGAAGGUUUGGCUUCUGUGUUAGAAGCCGAUCUAGGUGUGUUUCGCAGCAAGAUUCUUCGGAUUUUAACAGAUUGUGCUAUUAAGAUGCCAGAGAAAUGCACAAUUUAUACCACUCUCGUCGGGCUGUUAAACGCGAAAAAUUUUAAUUUUGGUGGAGAAUUUGUUGAUUAUAUGGUGAAAAAUUUCAAGGAUUCUUUAAAAGCAUGUAAAUGGGAUGUAGCUAGAUAUUCUCUUAGAUUUCUAGCUGAUUUGGUAAAUUGCCAUGUUUUAUCAUGUGGAUCGUUGAUGCAGUUAUUUGACAAUAUGUUGGAUGCUGCAAACGAGGAUGGUGUACCACAAGUGAGACGCGAUUGGUAUGUUUAUGCUGUUUUAUCGACACUGCCAUGGGUUGGAAGAGAAUUGUAUGAGAAAAAAGAACAAGAAUUGGAUCAUCUGAUGGUUACAAUAGAGAUAUUUUUGAAUAAACGAAGCAAGAAACAUCAACCAGCAUUGAGAGUAUGGUCGAGUGACACACCUCAUCCACAGGAAGAGUAUUUAGAUUGCUUAUGGGCGCAAGUUCGCAAACUGAGACAGGAUAAUUGGGCCGAGAAACAUAUUCCACGCCCCUAUCUUGCGUUUGAUUCAAUUCUGUGUGAAGCGUUACAACAUAAUUUACCACCUUUGAUGCCACCUCCACACCAUGAAUCUUAUUCUUAUCCGUUGCCCACUGUCGUUUUUCGUAUGUUUGAUUAUACAGACUGCCCUGCUGAAGGACCAUUAUUACCAGGAAGUCAUGCCAUCGAGAGAUUUCUGAUAGAAGAACAUUUACGACAGAUCAUCAAUAAUUAUUUUUUUGAGAGAAAAGAUUGUGCUGCACAACUAUUAAACUUUCCAUUCAAAGCUAAAAUUCCUUUAGACUAUUGUAUUGUCGAAGUAAUAUUCGGUGAAUUAUUUCGGUUGCCUACUCCAAAACAUUUGGAGAUUAGUUAUGGAUCAAUUUUGAUAGAACUCUGCAAAUUACAGCCUUCAACUAUGCCACAGGUACUAGCACAAGCUACAGAGAUUCUGUUUCGUCGUAUAGACAGUAUGGCAGCUACCGCUUUCGACCGUUUUGUUUGGUGGUUCGCAUAUCAUUUAAGCAACUUCCAAUUUCGUUGGUCUUGGGAAGAUUGGGAUUCCUGCUUACAACGCGAUGCAGAACAUCCAAGACCAAAAUUUAUACGGGAGGUUCUGCUCAAGGCUUUGAGAUUGUCAUAUUAUCAAAGGAUCCGAGAUAUGAUGCCAGAUUCGUACACAGAAUUGAUUCCAGCAGUUCCCGAGCCUGUGUAUAAAUAUUCAUCUGAAGGUGCUAGUUCACUCCCUGGUACAUGUGCAGCACAUGAAUUAGUAGUUUCUAUAAGACGUAAAUGCACACCAGAAGAAGUAUUAAAUGUAUUAAAUACAUUACCUGGUCCUAGAGAAAACGAAGAAACGAAUAAUUACAAUCCAUUAAAGAUCGACGUCUUUGUACAAACUUUACUGAACCUCGGUUCGAAAAGUUUUAGUCACAGUUUUGCAGCUAUAGUAAAAUUUCAUUAUGUUUUCAAGGUGCUUGCUGAAACGGAAGAAGCACAAAUAUGUAUAUUAAGAAACAUGUACGCUUUGUGGAAGAAUCAUUAUCAAAUGAUGGUAGUACUAACGGACAAGUUUUUAAAAACUGGUAUCAUUGAAUGUAGUGCGAUCGCCAAUUGGAUAUUUUCCAAAGAGAUGGCAUCAGAAUUCACAAAGUUAUAUAUUUGGGAAAUAUUGCAUUUGACAAUACGUAAAAUGAACAAACAUGUGACGAAGUUGAGUACGGAAUUAACAGAUGCAAGGGAGAAACUCAGGAGAGCGGAAAGUAGGUCGGGCUCUUCUUCAGAUGAGGAGGACAAUAAUAAAGAGAGAAAUAGGGAAAAAGCUGCGCAAGCAGAUCAGAAAAAUUUAUUUCUCAUUAUAUUUCAGCGUUUUAUAAUGAUUCUAUCAGAACAUUUAGUGCGUUGUGACACAGACGGAAUUGACUAUAACACACAUUGGUAUAAAUGGACUGUAGGGAGAUUGCAACAAGUUUUUUUAUCUCAUCAAGAACAAGUACAAAAGUAUUCCUCGACUUUGGAAACUUUACUGUUCACUCCGGACCUUGAUCCUCAUAUUUUGGACGUCUUUCAUCAAUUUGUUUCUCUACGAGCAUAAAAUAACAUAUAAAUAUUGUGUUUACAUCAAGUACAUUUAUAAGUUAUUAAGCUACA